AUGGGGUAUGAGGCAAGGUUCACGCUGUGCGCGGAUAUGAUGAGCGCAGUGGUCUAGUACGAUUGAGCUCUACAUCUUCGGUUUGACUGCGCAAGGUGUCUGUAUAUCACGGUAGGAAUGUGGUCCAUACAGUAUGUUCAGUUCUGCGCUGAAAUCGCAUGUGAGGUCCACACGAUUGAACAGCGGGGCUUGUACAUACCGACGGUCGACAUCAUGCUCACCACACCAUCUCUAUGUAAUAAACCAUUCCACACGACAUUCACCACACGGCGAAAGAAUUAAUUGCAGAGAGAAAGUUAAGCCUGUUCUUUUUUUGAGCACGCUCGGCAUUGACAUUUACCCUGUGGGAUUUUACGCUGUGAGAUUUUCCGGAAAACAUUGCCCGAAAAGCGUAGGUGUGGUUUCUGACUCGGUUAUUUCUUUUUUUGGGGGAUUCAACAUAUGGAAAGGAAAAGGAUCAAUAUUGUUUUGUUUGUGUCCUUCCGCUGGAGGGCUUCUCUAUACUUACACGUUUGUAUGUGUGGAAGGAUUCGCUCCGGAUUCAACCAAGUUUAAGAAGGUCGAAGAGGACGCAGCGGCGACGCCGGAUAUAUCUUAUCUUUACACGACGGUUAUUUGUUGAUCAUAAGAAGAUGGAUUAAAUUCGGAAGAUGGACCUGAUUGGGCUCAAGUAGGGAAGGAAGUUGCUUGUUGGCUUCGAGGGGCUAGACCUGUGAACUUGGUACGAUGUGCAUUGCAGUAUCUAUCGAUAUGAUAUUCUG